AUGUCCGUCAAUGACCGCGCCAGCUAUAUGAACGCUCCACGACCCCGCGUUGUCUCCAAUCGCGUCGAGGCUGGGCCUCGCGGCGCAUCGCCGCUCCACAACACCAUGGACCCUUUACGCUCUAGCACGGCUAGUCAAAAACACCGAACGUCCAGAGAUCAGAGGGACAUGUCUGAGAAGCGCACCGAGCGCACUACUGUCACAACAAGGGAGAAGUCAGUUCGGAGGAAUCACGUCAGGGAGCCAUCCAACGCGGCGAACCGAGGUGAUCGCGAUAAGUCCCGGCCUAAAUACCCAAACCAGCCUGAUGGCGCAAGCCCCGGAAGUGGGAGGGGAGAAAAAAAUGCAGCUCAAUUACCUUGGGAUCCGCAAGCCUCAUUGAUUCCUCAUUCCACUGCCCCUCUCGCAUGUCGUGUUUCCGUUCCUCCUUCAGCUUCAACCGUACCACAAUCACUCUAUCCUCAACCAUUUCGAGAGCUUUCGCCCGAUGCCCAAGAAACCGCUAUCCUCGAGGAUCUAUUGUUUGUUUUCAUGGGAUUUGAGGGCCAAUAUAUCCAUUAUGAGAGCUCUUAUGACCCCUCUGUUGAGAAAGACCGGCUCACAGGCCCUCUUUUCCAAUUGGCACCCGGCUUGGACCCAACCUUGCGAGACCUUUCUCAGUCGAUGCUGAAAAUGGCUACCCACUACAGUGCGAUGGAGGCAUUUGUUGAACUCCAAAGUCGGGCCGAAUAUGGCGCAGUUAGUCACGCACUCUGCGCCUCUAUCCGGAAGAUACUCAAAGACUAUUUGAUUCUCAUUGCUCAGCUCGAAGGGCAACUGCUGAACAAUCCCACCUUCACUCUUCACCAACUGCAUCUUCACACAAUCGCCACAGGUCAGUGCCUUGCGCAAUUAUAUUCUUUAGGGCAGGAACUUCUUCGACGAAAUGGUGUUCUGGAGGACCCGGAUCUGGACGAAUCGAUCGAUGAUUUUGACGACGUCGACAACAUUCUUGAGCAGCUUAAAGAAGGUGGUGACCUGGUGCCUGGUGCGAUGGCCAGCAAGAAGAUUUGCAAAGGCGGCAAUGUCCUCCGACUGCUCACUGAACGGUUGGCUACAUUUUCAGGCGAUCCAACUACCAAGAGCCUGGUACAGGGCUUGUUGCGCGAUGCCAGUCGGCCCUACAUGAACAUGUUGAAUGAGUGGUUACAUCAUGGAGGAAUUAAAGACCCCCAUGGAGAGUUCUUGAUUAAGGAGCAGAAGUGGAUCAAGCGGGAGAAGCUCGAGGAGGACUACACAGAUGAGUAUUGGGAGAAACGAUAUACAAUUCGCAAUGAUGAGGUUCCGCCCCAACUGGAUAGUGUUCGCGAUAAGGUGCUGCUCGCAGGAAAAUACCUCAAUGUUGUACGAGAAUGCGGUGGUGUUGAUAUCAGCAAGGCUGUUAAAGAUGUGCCCAAAACACUGGACGACCCUCGAUUUUUGGAAAAUGUGAAUGCCGCAUACACCUACGCCAAUGCGUCUUUACUGAACCUUCUUCUUACAAAAAAUUCCUUGACGACCCGAUUUCGCUCCCUCAAACAUUACUUCUUUUUGGAUCGCUCCGAUUUCUUCUCAUACUUUUUGGAACUCAGUUCGUCUGAACUCCGCAAGCCUGCUAGGGUUGUCAAUGAAGGAAAGCUUCAGUCAUUACUUGAUCUCGUACUUCGGCAACCUGGCAGUAUUGCUGCGCAAGAUCCAUUCAAAGAGGACGUCAAAGUCCGAAUGAACAAGAUCGGUCUAACCAGAUGGCUGAUGCAAGUUGUAAGCGUCUCUGGCAUUGAUCAAGAUCAUCCCGAAGCAGCGUUCGAGAGGCAGCAAGCCUCCGCAGCGCAAACUGCUGAUGAAGAGAAGGACAUUGUGGGAUUCGAUGCACUGGAGCUGGACUACACAGUGCCAUUCCCACUUUCACUAGUCAUCAGUCGUAAAACUGUGUUACGAUAUCAACUUAUUUUCCGACACCUCCUCUCUCUACGUCACCUGGAAACAUUGCUGGUUACUUCCUGGGCGGACCAAAACAAACUCCCCAGCUGGCGACACAAAUCAUCCGAUAAGCGACUCGAGAUAUGGAAACGACGCGCCUGGAAUCUCCGAGCGAAGAUGCUUGUAUUUGUUCAGCAAUUGUUAUAUUUUUGCACGGCUGAGGUCAUUGAGCCUAAUUGGGUUGGCUUAAUGGACCGAGUCAAUGGCGCCGAUGCCGACGGAUCAGAAGUGACUGUGAACGGUACCAAGCAGGUCAAUCGCACUGUCGAUGAGCUGAUGCAAGAUCAUGUCGACUUCCUGGAUACAUGUCUUAAGGAAUGCAUGCUCACACAAGCGAAGUUGUUGAAGAUCCAUUCCAAGUUGAUGACCUGCUGUACUAUGUUUGCAUCAUGGACUGCUGCGUCUCUCGCGCGUGCGCUAGCCUCAGCGGACCCAGAUCUAUCUGGCGAGAAGUCCACAGCUGCGGAUGCUCGGGCUUACGAUCCAACUCGAAUUGGAAAGCUGGAGGACACGCUCAAGCGUUACGAAGAUCAUUUCAACCGCCAUCUGCGAAUCCUAAUGGACAGUCUGAAUUAUUUCGCCGCCACGGAGAGUGUUGUUUUGCUAAAACUUGCACAUUCACUCAGUUCGAUUAGCAAAGAGGACUGA